AGCGCUCUCUACGUCGGAGCCCUCGCCCCUAUCGAAGAGCCCCUCGGUAAUCUCACAAUCUGGUCAGCGACAACAACGACAGAAGGAGUCACGAACACGCUGGCAUAGACUCAGGCUUCUGAGGUUGCAGUAGACAGGAUCACACGGUGACGAGUCAACUGGGAGCGCUCGGACUUUCUUCUCGCAGUCGCACAUUCGCGUCCAGGGUCCUUCUCGGAUCGUUCGACAUGCUCGAGGUGGCGACCAGACUAUCACCGGCGCAUCAUCCUCACCUGUCGCCUGCGGCCUCGUCCUCUUCGUCUCCUCCUUCCACUGCCUCCUCCUCUUCAGCGCCCUCGAAAUCGGCCCUCGCCGACCCCGCGCCCCUCCCCGUCCGUCCUCUUCGGGCCCCUCCGUCGCCACUCGUGGAAAAGGCCACACCUGCUCCCCUUGCCAGGCUUGACUCUUCGAUGAACGGGAAAAAGGGCCACAGCCAACCCCAUCUCCAUCGCAUACGCAAGGGCCAGAGAUUAGAGGACAUUCAGCCGCCGGUGCCUUCGGUCUUACCGCCACUGCACUACAUCGACUCGCCCUUCCAGCUGCAAGAGUACCUGUCACUACUGAUCCGUCAGGAUCCGCACAACGUUGAGCGCAUUGUCGCCUUGCCCCAGCCCUCGAGCGAGAUCUCGAGGACGUUUGCAGAAGAAGCUCUUGCGCUGCAGAAGGGCAAAGCGAAAGACGACAAUGCCUUUCUUCCGGACGAAGAGCCACAGGCUGUUGACACUGAUGUCUGGGUCUACGAGCAGCUCAGGCGAAUCGUGCUCGGCUUCUCCACGCCAUGGUUGACGUCUCUGCAAAAGGAAUGCGAUCGAAAGACGCGGCCGAAGACGUGCGACGCCAUGAAUGCUGAUGACUGGAUGUACCUCUGCGCAUCGCACGGCGAGGAGAAGCAGUGCUGCGCCAUCGACUACAUCGUUCAUACCCUCGACGGCACUACCGCUCUUCUCAACUCGGCCAGACACUUCCCAAGCAGAACCUACAUCCCAACAACGAGCCUGCGACACUUUGGAAGCGUGAGCAGGCGCCUCAGCCGCAUCUUCGUUCAUGCUUACGAGCACCACUCCGAUGUCUUUGAGGCUUGCGAGGCCGAGACAUCACUUUAUGCGCGCUUCCUCGCUCUUGUUCAAACGUACGACCUGAUCGCUGUCGAUAGCUUGCCGUUGCUGGGUGCCAAGGCCCGUACUCGCUCUCUGCCAAACGAGGAUGGGUCGGAUCUCAUUGGUCGAGGAACCAAUGCAGACGAAGCAGCGGACGCCCCAAGAAAGAUUCUCCUUCGAGGCGAUCCUGUGGAGGCAGACGGCCUCGCCCGUUCCGAUUCCAAUGCAUCGACUCGUACUGCCGUCCGCAUUGGAGGGCAGGAAGACGUGCUAGAAGUAGCUACAGCCAGGAGAGACCUUUCGCCUCCCGAAGCGCCUGCCGAUGCUGAGGACAUCGACGACGAAGACGGACCCUGACCCUUUUCACCUUCUCUCUUUUUCCCUUGGGGCUGGACAGUAUUGGGCUUAUUGGUACCCUUGUUCUCUUUUUAUCUUUUGUUCUGGGCAUCCUUUGCCCCUUUCGAGACCCGGGAUGUCGCUCUUUUCUUCAUGACGACCUCUUCUCGAAUGUACAGUCUGCCUUAAAAAUGCUGGCAGCUAUAAUGAUAUACGAAAUACGACCGU